AUGCCUGAAAAAGAUGAACCAUUUGCGAAUCCUCAAGCUCCUGCAAACUAUCAUCCAGAUGAUAUUGAUCAAACACCAUCGCAUCCGUUAACAAAUGAUGAUUUUCGAAAAUUAUUAAUGACACCAGCUGUUGGUACACAACGAAGUUCAACAGUAGCAUCAUCAUCACAAGCAAAAACAGUCAAAUCAGCAACUGAAAAAGAUGCUGAAGCGGCUGAUCGUCGAAAAAAAAAGAAAUUAAACUAUGCCAAAUUUAUUAAAGAAGAAAAAUUACGUGAAGAAGAACGAGCUAAAAAAUAUCGUGAUCGAGCAAGAGAAAGAAGAGAUCGUAAUAAAGAUUUAGAAGAUACGGGUGUUCUACCAACACAAUCACAAGUACAACAGCAACCGUCAGCACCAACAACAUCAGCAGGAAAUUAUCGAGCUGUUGCUCCAGACGCUAAAGGAAAUUAUGAUGCUGCUGCCAGACGUAAACAGAUCAUAGAAGAAUCCAAAUUUUUGGGAGGAGAUUUAGAACAUACUCAUUUAGUGAAAGGAUUAGAUUAUGCUUUACUUCAGAAAGUUCGUGCGGAAAUCACAACAAAAGAUGACUUUCCAGAUCAAUCGGGCGUAGAUGGUGAUGAACAAUUGUUUGCUAAACCAGUAGCACCUCUCCCACCAACUCCUGCAUUAACAACAACUGAUAAAAAGAAAACCGCUCCGAAUAAACAACCUGUUCCAAAACCAACGGCUGCUCAACAACAGCAACAACGUCAACAAAUGAUUGAAGAUGAAGAAGAAAAUCGUCUUGGAAUCAAAUCAAAAUUAGCCAAAAAUGUAUUUCGUACACUAUUUCGUAAUAAUCCAUUGAAUCAACAACAACAGCCAAAUCAACGAAAAAUUAACGAAUUAUUUUUACCACAUCGUAUGGCAUACGUUAUUGAUUUGGAAUCGGAUCAAGAUAAUCAAAAUGGACUUAUUGAUGAUAUACCAACAACACUUAUACGUUCAAAAGCUGAUUGUCCUAAUGCUGAAAGUACAACUACACUGAGUAAUAAUGAUAUUGUUAUUAAUAAACUUACUCAAAUAUUGUCGUAUCUAAGACAUUCUAAAAGAGAUAUAAAGCGACAAAAGAAAAAAGGUGGUGGUAUUGAACAUGUAGAUACGAUAAUGAAUAUUAAACCUCAAAAUACAAAUUCUUUUGUGAAAAAGUCGGAUGAUGUUGGUAUAUAUGACGAUGUUGGAGAUUAUGUUCCUGAUACAAAACGUCGUAGUGCCAAGGAAGAACAAGAUGCAAAUAGAAGAAGAAAUUAUUUUAGUGGUUUAGGUGAACAACAAGAAAUGGGAAGACGAGAUCGUUCAAACGCGAUUGAAGAUGAAGAAGGCCAGUCAGAAAAUAAUGGUGGUGAAGCAGUCAAAAAUUUUAUUAAAAAUGUUCAUCGCAAAUACGAAAAUAAAUCGAUUGAAUCACGCGAUGAAAAAGGAAAAAAAGGUGGAUUUCAACUUAAGUUUAACGCUGAUUCUUAUGCUGAAUGUUAUCCUGGUACAAUGGCUGAAGAAGAUGUAAACAUCGAUAGUGAUGAUGAACCGGACUAUGAUAAAAUGGACAUGGGCUCGAAAAAAGGUCCCAUUGGACGAUGGGAUUUUGAUACAGCCGAAGAAUAUUCUGAUUAUAUGAGUCAAAAGGAAGCUAUGCCAAAGGCUGCAUUUCAAUAUGGUGUGAAGAUGUCAGAUGGAAGAAAAACUCGUAAAAGUGGACCCAAAGAUGAAAAACAAAAAAUAGACAGAGAAUGGCAACAAAUAUCAAAAAUAAUCGAUAAACGAAAAGGAGGAGGUGGAGAUGAAUCGCCAAAUGUUAUGGAAAAGGAAACAACGUUAAGUCCCGAUAACAAAAAGGAUAUUGAGGUUACACCUACAUUCCGCAAUUUCCCAGAGUCACUCAAUGAGCCAGAAUCAAUUUUAACAUUAGAUAAUAAUGAUGAUAACGAUGUCGAUACAUCAAAUACAAAACUUAUCAGUAAUAAUCAUGAUACAAUUGCUGUUCCAACAUCAAAUAGUAGUAAAAAUGAUGAUUUCAAUGAAGAAUUAAGACAAGAAAUAAGAUACCUACUACAACCAACACCGUCAUUAACAUAUUCAACAGCACCAACAGACAAUGCAAAAAAAGGAGAAAUUACAAUGAGCCAAGAAGCCGAUACAGCUCAACGUUUCCGUGCAGAAUCGAUGAAUGAAACACAACAACAACGUCGAAAAUCGUUAAUCGAAGAAUUAACGCCAUAUGAAAAGAAAUCACUGGAAAAUGGUGUCAGACGCUCAACAGCUAUGCAGGAUAGUAGGCGUUCUACCAUGUCCGAAACACAUAGAUUAUCAGUAGUAACAAUUCUGGAACGUGAACUGAUGAUACCUCAUACUGAUGACAAAAUAUCCUCGAUAAUUACUGUUGAUCAAAUUCAAAAUAAAAAUAAAAUGUCACAUUUAUCGGGUAUCCUGUGGUCAUUUUUUGCGACAUUCGCAUUAUGUACUAUUACUUUCUUAACAUACUUCAUUGGUCUUGAUUUAAUAUUCGGUUUAUCAUUACAGAUGUUCGCACAGACAAUAGCAUUUCUUAUUUAUGCAAUUUAUAAAAAUUACAAUAUUCUGGGACCACCAGAAUAUCGUUUACAAAUGAUAAUACGUGGACUUGUGAUUGGUCUUGGUUCGUUUACAGGAUUUAUUGCCUAUUAUUAUAUUCCAUUACCAGAUUUAUCGGCCAUUCGACAAAGUCAAGUUGUAUGGACAAUUAUAUUAUGUAUAAUAUUUCUUAAAGAACGUUUAACUAUUCAACGGCUAAUUGCAUGUAUUUUGACAUUAUUUGCUAUCAUACUCAUUUCUCGUCCAACAAUAUUGUUUCGUGGAAAAAUAUUACCAUUAGAUUCCAAUUCGACAGUAAAUAUUCCAUUUUUCAGUUCAUCAGCAAAAUCAUGGGGAUAUUUAAUUGGAGCUUUAUUGGCUUUAACGACUGCUAUCGCAUUUAGUGUUAGUACAGUUAUAAAUAAAUUAUUAUUGAAUGCGAAAUUACCAAACAGUGUUAUAUGUUUUUGGUCAUCGAUGUUUGCGUUAGUUAUAUCCAUCAUUUCACUUAUAUUAACACAUUUCGUAAUCACUAAAAAGUCGUUACCACACGAUCGGAGAUUAUUUGCAGGUUGUGGAAUAGCAGUAGCAUCUAUAUUGGUUAUGAUUGCAAAUCAAAAAGCUAUUAAACGAGAAAAGGCAUCAAUUGUUACGCUAAUUUAUUCAACAGAAAUUGUAUUAGCUUUAUUUUUACAAAAUGUUUUUACAGUAGUAAAAAGUGAUUGGAUUGUUUAUCUAGGUUGUGCAUUGAUAUUAAUUUCCAUUAUUAUUAUAUGCCUUGAAGUUUUGAGUGCAGAUAAACGAACACAAAAAGUUUCUUUAAAUGAUAUCAUCCUACAAGGAUGUCAGAUUAGAUUGAGAGAGAAAAAGAACUAA